AUGAGGUUCCUCUCGACCACCGGCAGGACUGGGCCAAAUCCGAUUGAAACAUGGCUGGCUGGGACGUUCGACACCAACACCCGGGGUGAGUUUGUCAAUGACCUGUGGGCAUUCAUGGGUAAUGGCAAGUAUAACUGGCCUUUAAAUCAAUAUAUUGCCACAUCAGCCAUGAGUCAGAGCCCGGCCUGCCCAUACCCACGGCGGGCGGUUAUUUUUGCGCUGAUGGCGCCGGAAGGGCCCAAAUCGCUUCGGGACGCGGUGUCCCGGGCCAUCCACGACUUGGAAUAUAUAGAAGAAGGCAAAAACUGA